UUUCUUUUUUGCCAAAAAAUAUUUCCUAAUUUUAGAUCUUUCUUCUUCUUCCAUUAAUUACACCCUUCUAUUCUCUGUUUUUUCUUUAAUUUUAUUUUUAUUUUAAUGGUCAGUCCUUUGUUUCUUGUUUGUUCAGAGAGGGAAGAGAGAAGAGGAGGAGGAGAAAGAAGAGUGUAUUGUGUUGUGUUGUCUCUCUCUGAUACAUUUUCUUUUUUCCCAUCCAUACAAUUUCAUUGAAACAAGCCGGACCCAUGUUUAUAUGAAGGAUGGAUUAUUUAACACAUUUCCUAGGGCUUAAAAAGAUGAUUUCUUGAUGUGGGGUUUCAUGGGGUGAACUCAAGGUAUCAUGGGUAGCUUCAGUGAUGACGAAGGGGAAUGUCGAUUUUUCGAUGCCCCGGAGAGUAUUUCUCAGGGCUCUGAUUUGGGUUCUAACUUUAUCCCAAUUCCUGAUUCUGGCUCUGGGGUUGUCAAUGGGGUUAGCUAUGAUGAGUGGAUUAAAACCCCCAGAAGUGUUGUUGAGCGACGUAAGCAAUUCCGUUGUUGGAUGGGUUUGAGUUUAGAUGGAAUGUCUGGAGAAGAUCCAGUAGAUAUAGGUGGAAGCUCCAAUUUAUCUACUGGGGAAAUUGAAAGAAUUAUGGAAAGUAGUGGAGCUGUAUUACGAACCUCAAUUCACAAGGACGAGUUUCCUUCUUACAGGGCUUCUAGGUCUGGUUUGUGUGGGGACGAAGGUUUGGAUUCACCUAAACAGUUGGGUUCAAAUCGGAAUUUCUCAUUUCGAAGUGGUAACGUUGAUAGUGGAAUUGGGUGCAAUGUACAUGUUCAGGCAGAGAAUGGCCAGCAGGGCAAUAACAAGCCUGUCAGAUUGGAACGACUGCUAAUGUCUCGUGAGCUCGAGAACUCUUCAUGUAUGUCCCCUGUUAUUGGGGAGCUUGGACAGGGAGAACUGGAUAAAAAUGGAGACGUACCGAAGAAACUAAAUGGAGUUAAGAGUCGGUUAUUAAGCAGGCUACGGUCAUUUACGUGCAUAGCAAAUGCCGAAGGGAGAUGUCUUGAAUUGAAGGAUAACAAUUCCAACCCUGUUCAGAGGUCUAGAGUUCAGAGGGUUAAAGUUCACCAUUGUAAGAAACGGUUGAAGGAACUCUCUGCUCUUUUCAUGGGGCAGGAUAUCCAGGCUCACGAGGGUUCAAUUUUAACUAUGAAAUUCAGUUUUGAUGGACAGUACCUAGCUAGUGCUGGUGAAGAUAAGAUUGUGCGGGUGUGGCAAGUGGUUGAAGAUGAGAGAUCCAAUGAAUUUGAUAUCCCAGAGUUGGAUCCUUCGUGUAUGUAUUUCACGGUGAAUCAUCUUUCUCAAUUGGCUCCUCUGGUGACAGAUAAAGAGAAAAGUAGUAGUAAGUUGAAGGGCCUUAAGAAAACAAGAGACUCUGCUUGUGUCGUUUUCCCUCCAAAGGUCUUUCGAAUUUUGGAAAAACCACUGCAUGUGUUCCAAGGGCAUACUGGGGAGAUAUUGGAUCUCUCGUGGUCAAAAAAUAAUUGGUUGCUCUCAUCAUCAACUGACAAAACUGUUCGUCUGUGGCAAGUUGGAAAUGAUCUGUGCCUCAGAGUUUUUCCACAUAGUAAUUAUGUGACUUGCAUACAGUUUAACCCAGUAAACGAUGAAUACUUCAUCAGUGGAUCAAUAGAUGGGAAAGUUCGAAUUUGGGCCAUUAACAGCUGUCAAGUAUUGGAUUGGACUGACAUCAGAGACAUAGUGACUGCUGUUUCCUAUCAACCUGAUGGAAAGGGUGGGAUUAUUGGCUCAAUGGCAGGCAGUUGUCGUUUUUUCAGUUUGGAAGGUCAUGAGAUACAAUUAGAGGAGCAGAUGUGCUUGGCCAAUAAAAAGAAGUCGAUUUGCAAAAGGAUCACUGGCUUUCAGUUUUUUCCACAAGACCCAUCAAAAGUUAUGGUUACUUGUGCUGACUCUCACGUCAGAAUCCUAGAUGGUGUCAAUGUGAUCGGCAAGUACAAAGGUCCGCGAACUGCAGGAAACCAUCUCUCUGCCUCUUUCACCUCGGAUGGGAAGCAUAUUGUCUCAGCGUCUGAAGAUUCUAAUGUCUAUAUAUGGAAUUGCGACGUUCCCAAAGAUUAUGAAUCUCAACCUAAAGUGGUGAGGUCAUCUGAGUUCUUCUCCAGUGAUUCCACCAUUGCAAUACCCUGGUCCGGCUUGAAAAUUGUAAAUCCAGAUAAUGGACGGCAUUGUGGAGGAGGACUAAGUCAAACUUCAAACAACGUAUUACCCUUCAUUUCCUCUCCUUAUCUUUCUUUGGGCAGUGAGUUGUUCCUUGAGGCAAUUCCAAAAGGAUCAGCAACCUGGCCUGAAGAGAAGCUUCCGGUGUCAAGUCCUCGGUCAACGUCUUCUGGGAUGUGUAAAUCUGAAUACAAACUUCUGAGGAGUUCUUGCCAGAGCUCAUCCAAUUCUCAUGCCUGGGGUUUAGUUAUUGUUACUGCUGGCUACGAUGGGCGAAUAAGAUCAUUUCAUAAUUAUGGGUUGCCUUUGCCACUUUGAGUAGUAGGUACUUAUCUCCUCUUUCGGAUCCUCCUGUGGGAUAAUUUAUGUUGUGGGCCGCCCUGCUUAAGAACACUCCUUUUCAUCCGGGUUUCAAUGGAAGGAUACAACAGUGUGUGUGCGCGCCAUGCCCUUGCCACUAAUUGAUACAUAUAUAUCCUCUGGUUUAUACUUGCACAGUUCAUGCUGGUUGUUGGCUCUCAUCAGAAUGAUUGAACUAUUUUAUCUGCUAUUUGGUUCAACGAAGACGGGGAUUGACCACAUGACACUAGUGAGAAGGCUAGGUGGGGAGCUCUUGGUGCACUGGUUUUUUAGCUGCGAAAUUGUACAUGAAUCUGAGUUCACUACAAAUGUGAUAAUACUUCCAGGCAAGUGCUCUCUCUAGCAAGUGCUUUUUCUGUCUGAUAAAAGAAGUGGGAGUUAAGAGGGGUAUGCCGUUGUGACUCAGGGAUUACACUAACACAUAGAUGUCAUUUCCAUUUUAUAGCUUUAAAAGAUAGAUUUAGUACUUUCAAUCUUUGAAAAAGGAAAAAAGAAAGGUCAGAUUUAGUAGUGUCAUGGUGUUGAUGAUGAAUCAACUACUCAUCACGUCAAUUGUUAGUUGUGUACAGUAGUAGUUGUAGUUAGUGUAUAUGCAUUGAGUUUAUAAGGACUCUCCUACAAAGUAAAAAAUUACACCCAAUUGAACCUUAUGUUGAGGUUCAUCAAUUUUUGUAUCCAAUCUUGUCGCUGAUGUUCCUGAAGUUUAAAUUUGUAAUAGUAUUUUCAUGAAAAUAUGUAUCUGGCUCAAGAGUGUUGUGGGAAAUAAUAAUUGACAUUCUUAUCAA